AUGCUUCUCGGUCAUGAAGUCACUGUCCUUGAUAACUUCUUUACUGGCUCGAAAACAACCGUCAGUCACUGGGUUGGACAUCCCAACUUCGAGAUGGUCCGCCAUGACGUUGUUGAGCCGUUCAUGAUUGAAUGUGACCAAAUUUAUCACCUUGCUUGCCCUGCCUCUCCUCCUCACUAUCAAUUCAAUGCUGUCAAGACGAUUAAGACAUCAUUCAUGGGAACUCUCAACAUGCUCGGCCUCGCGAAGCGGACGAAGGCCCGCUUCCUCAUCAGCAGUACUUCUGAGGUCUAUGGAGACCCCGAGGUUCAUCCCCAAAAUGAGGAAUACUGGGGCCAUGUGAAUCCCAUUGGUCCUCGCGCUUGCUAUGAUGAAGGAAAGCGCGUCGCAGAAACCUUGACAUACGGAUUCCAACGUCAAGAUGGUGUUGACGUGCGUGUUGCUCGCAUCUUCAACACCUAUGGUCCACGCAUGAACCCAUAUGAUGGUCGCGUUGUUUCCAACUUUAUCGUGCAAGCUCUCAAGGGUGAAGAUAUGACCGUCUACGGUGAUGGCAAGCAGACUCGCUCCUUCCAAUACGUCCACGACCUCAUUGAUGGUCUCAUUUGCUUGAUGAACUCUGACGAAUCCCGCCCCGUCAACAUCGGCAACGGAGACGAAUUCACUAUUGGCGAGUUUGCGGAGCUCGUUCGUGAAAUCGUCGAAAAGGUCCAGGACGAAGAUGGCGUUAAGCGAACCCGCCGUGUCAACAUUGUUCACAAACCAAUGCCUACCGACGACCCUCAAAUGCGCAGGCCUGAUACCACUAGGGCUAAGGAAUCUCUCGGCUGGCAACCCAGGUGGACCGUCCGCAUGGGCCUCGAGGAGAUGGUUAGGUAUUACAAGGCCAAGAUGGCUGAGGGUAGCCUCUAG